AUGCAUUGGGAGGCACACAAGAAGAAGCCUAGCAGCGCUGUACAACGCCGUCAGCUGGCAGUGCUAGACAUCUCGCGCCUGGCCGGCUGGCUGACACAGAUACCAGAGCGCCUCGGUGCCAAUGAGUUGCUUGAAAAGGCAGCAUCAGCGUUUUUGGAUGCAUUUGACUGUCUGCAGAGCGACGAACACAGUAGUGCGGCGUCGCCGGCGUAUGCGGUUGCUAUGGAAUGCUUACAGUCGGUGCUGAAGGACCAGCACCAGGCCAAGUCCCCCAAUCCCCUGGCUGCCAUUUUCAAAGUGCAGAUUAUCUUCAAGGAGAGACGUUCCUGCACCUGCCAGCUCUUGAAUGACACAGUGGAAGAAUACUGGGGCGACACCUUUGCACAGUCGAGACGUCACGGAAGCCUGAUUGACCUGCCCAAGGGCGUGUGGCUCGCGCCCGUUGCCCUUUUCGCGUCGUGGAUAGCGACGGACGAUCCCGACAUUCCGUGUAGCCUCUUCUCCAUCAUCAAGGAGUCUAACCAGUACUGGGCCGAACCGGCCUACAUAGAGCCUGGAAAGGCGUUGAAGAAGCAAAUUCUGCAGCUUCGAGCCAACACGGUAAUGGAGCAGGGCCCUCGAGGGCUUCGGGAUUUCGGUCUGUGUGUUGCAUGUGGUGCUGGAAAUCAGGGCCAAGACGCACAUCAUUCUCUCAGCCUUGGUAUAGAUCCACACGGGGAGACAUUCUCCGGACAGCUCACAAAGCUAUUAGGUGUUCAUUACUGUAGUCCCAGCACAUAG